AUGCCGCCAAAGCCCGCCCCCAGGCUGCGAAAGACGAUCGCAAAAACCCCCGUCCGCACAAAGCCCCUCAAAUCCACCGCUAAUUCUGCAUCGGCCCGCUCUCUCCGACGUGGUUCAAUUCGUGCUGGUGAUCCUGUCCCCGCCAACAUCCGUGGUGGUGCACCUCGCCGUUGGCGCCCUGGAACAAAGGCGCUACGCGAGAUUCGUCAAUACCAGAAAAGCACUGAGCUCCUGCUGAGAAAGCUCCCAUUUGCUCGCCUCGUUCGUGAGAUUGCUCAAGAUUACACCAACGCGGCACAUCUUGGGGGUCUCGGCGGUGGAGGAGUCGAUUACCUCCGUUGGCAAAGCACCGCGAUACAGGCGCUUCAAGAGGCUGCUGAAGCAUACCUCGUGCAUUUGUUUGAAGACACCAACCUGCUUGCAAUCCAUGCCAAGAGGGUCACCAUAAUGCAAAAAGACAUACAGCUGGCGCGAAGGAUCAGGGGCGCAUGGGGAGGGUUAGGUUAG